ACUAGGGCUAGCAAGAGCGUGUUGUUUAUGCUGCUAGCGUUGGUGUCAACUAGGGUUACUGUGGUGGUGGUGCUGCUAGUGGCACUGCGGUUUGACAUGAAGGCACGGUGUGACGAGCUGGGGAUUGUUAGUGGGGAGUGGGAUAGCCGGCGUCCGUACAGGAGCGUGCAGAUUAUGUUUGUGACGCCGGAAGCAGCGGUGGGAGAGGCGUUUAGGCAUUACAUCAAUCGGGAGCGGUCGAUAGGGCGGCUAGAUCGGAUUGUGAUUAACGAAUGUCACUCGAUACUAGACUCGCUCAAGGGGUUCCGCAGCCGGCUGCUGGGACUGCGACAAUUGCUCUGGGUAGAGACG